UAUAGUUAGAUUCUUUUUAUUCCUGAGACAUUCAAUAUUACAUUAAAUAUAUAAAUAGGAAAAUAACAUAUUUGAAGAGGUUAAGAAACAUGAUGUAUGGCACUGGCACAUUUUGCUCAGCAUGCUAGAUUCAACAAAAACAAACAGCAAAGACAAUAGCUGUCAACAGUACAGUAUAACAAACAGCAAAGACAAUAGCUUUCAACAGUACAGUAUAACAAACAGCAAAGACAAUAGCUUUCAACAGUACAGUAUAACAAACAGCAAAGACAAUAGCUUUCAACAGUACAGUAUAACAAACAGCAAAGACAAUAGCUUUCAACAGUACAGUAUAACAAACAGCAAAGACAAUAGCUUUCAACAGUACAGUAUAACAAACAGCAAAGACAAUAGCUUUCAACACUACAGUAUAACAAACAGCAAAGACAAUAGCUUUCAACAAUACAGUAUAACAAACAGCAAAGACAAUAGCUUUCAACACUACAGUAUAACAAACAGCAAAGACAAUAGCUUUCAACAAUACAGUAUAACAAACAGCAAAGACAAUAGCUUUCAACACUACAGUAUAACAAACAGCAAAGACAAUAGCUUUCAACAAUACAGUAUAACAAACAGCAAAGACAAUAGCUUUCAACACUACAGUAUGAUUAGGUCACACUAGUAAACAGCAAUGCCUAAAAUCAAAAUGACCACAUAAAAAUUUACCCAGCAUGCCCAAAAACUAUGAAACCCAUCCAUUCGCUGCCCACCUGCUUAGCUAACAAUACAAUGGAUACCUUUUUGGAGUGGGAUAAAAUAGAGUGAAGUACAUUUAAAUGGAAGUAGUACAUUGGAAUCAUUUCUACUUAAUUGUGACAUAUCAACAUGUUAAUAAGAAAUACACGUUAUACCACUCUAAGUCCAAUUAUAGUUGUAUAACAUGGGUCUAUAACAAUGAUAUACAGUGGAGAGUGGUAUAUAGUUAUCGUAUACAACUCCUUCGUAUACACUCCAGCUUACUUCGGUCCAAAGCCUUCUCUAUAUUCCGGCUUUGAGGAGGAAGAUUGAGCUGCCUUAGUAUUAUAAAUAUUGUAAAUCAUUGUGUCACACGCACAGUAAAUAUGGCAUAAUAAUAUGAAAUAUACCUUUAUGUAUAGAUUUGAAGAACACCAGCUCACAUCCCCGUCUGAAUCUAUUGUUAUAUUUGA